AUGCCUGACUCACCCGAAUACACACAUCCUCCACACCAGGCUGAAGAACCCGACUUUUCUGACUCCGACGACGACUUGGACCUCGAGGAGCUUGAUCCUAGCAACAACCCGUCGCAAAAAUCCCGGAUCUCCCGAGACUACACAGGCCGGUCACGAAACUAUGGACCAGGUAUCGCGCUCAGAAAUCUACGCGUUGGGGUGGGAAGUCGUUGGAAACGAAGUGCAUCUGGGCGUACAGAACGAGAAGAAGACACGGACGCAUUACUCCAGGGCGGAGGUGAAGAUGAGUUACGGCGGUCACACGCCAGCUCCCAUAAUUUGACUGACGACGACGCACCCCUUCUCGACCGUCGCGGCUCGACACGCUUAUUCAACGACGAUGAGCCUUCCAACAAUGGUGGCCGGUUCCGCUUGCCCAGUCUUAAAGGUCCGAGCUUUCUACACAGUAUCACCAAUCGUCUGCGCUCAAAACCCGAUGAUCCAUCGAAAAAACCUCCCCGAGAGGUCUUUGUCGGACAAUACCAAGCAACCAGAUAUCCAGCCAAUGUGGUUUCGAACGCAAAAUAUACCCCUUGGAGCUUCCUCCCACGCACCUUGUACAACGAGUUCUCGUUCUUCUUCAACAUAUACUUUCUCCUCGUUGCCCUUUCACAAAUCAUUCCCAUUUUACGCAUUGGAUAUAUGUCUUCAUACAUUGCGCCGCUGGCUUUCGUUGUCUCAAUUUCCUUGGGCAAAGAGGCUCUCGACGAUAUUGUGCGUCGGCGACGAGAUGCUGAAGCCAACGCUGAACCAUUUACUGUGGUGUCUUUAGAGGGAUCCAACGUGUUAGAGAUGAACAAGAAGUCCCGUGAUUUGAAAGUUGGAGACGUACUUAAGGUUCGGAAGAAUCAGCGUUUGCCCGCCGAUGUGGUAAUACUUCAGAGUCUUUCCAAUGAUUCGGGCUCGAGCCGACAGAACUCAAUUGAAGAGGAAGCCCCUGCGCAGGUGACAGAUCUCCUCGAGACAGGCCAGGGGCCGUCGGAACUUGCCGCCGGCUUCGACACGAGUCCCGAGCCGGCGAAUGUUGCUGUAUCAUCCGCUAGUGAUACCUUCAUUCGGACCGAUCAACUGGAUGGUGAGACUGACUGGAAACUUCGGCUUCCCUCUGCAUUAUCACAAGCUCUUUCUCUGGCCGAUUUUGCACGACUUAAGAUCACUGCAAGCCCUCCAGACAAACGGGUAAAUGAAUUUAUGGGCACAAUCGAGCUAGCUCCUCCCGCAGGCUUCUAUGAUGAUCAUGUUGAUAAGAACACUCCCCAGGCACAAAAGCUUGCGUCCCAGGGAAGUGACAGCGAAAUUAAUUCAGCGCCACUGACCAUCGAUAACACCGCCUGGGCCAAUACUGUUCUUGCGUCCAGCACCAUCACAUACGCCGCUAUCAUCUACACUGGCUCACAAACUCGAGCCGCCCUUUCGACUUCUCCGUCUCGAUCCAAAGUGGGCUUGUUGGAGUAUGAGAUCAACAAUCUUACUAAAAUCCUGUGCAUUCUGUGCAUUCUGAUGUCAGUUGUGCUUGUGGCUUUGGAAGGUUUCGAACCGACGAACAAUAAGAAGUGGUACGUCGCGAUGAUGAUUUAUCUCAUUCUGUUCUCCACAAUCAUUCCGAUGAGUCUUCGAGUCAAUCUCGACAUGGCCAAGUCUGUCUACGGCCGAUUCAUCCAACGGGACAAAGACAUUCCAGGGACUGUGGUUCGAACGAGUACUAUUCCCGAAGAUCUGGGCAGAAUUGAAUAUCUUCUUUCCGACAAAACAGGGACUUUGACUCAAAAUGAGAUGGAACUCAAGAAGAUUCAUGUUGGCACAGUUUCAUAUGCGAACGAAGCAAUGGAUGAAGUCGCAUCGUUCAUUCGCCAAGGCUUUGCUGCCAACGCCUUGACGACUCCAUCGACUGUAUUUGGAACCCAGGCAGGUCAAGGUGCAGCCCCGCGAACCCGGCGAGAGAUUGGUUCUCGUGUCCGAGACAUCAUCCUGGCCCUUGGUCUAUGCCAUAAUGUUACGCCGACUACCGAGGAGGAGGACGGACAAAAAGUCACAGCCUACCAAGCAUCCUCUCCCGAUGAGAUUGCUAUCGUUCGAUACACUGAAGAAGUUGGGUUGAAGCUCUCGUAUCGUGAUCGUCAGAAUGUGGUGCUUGAAUCCACAGACUCCAAACAGGUUGUUGUUCGUGUUCGCAUCCUCGAUAUUUUUCCAGUCACUUCCGACAGCAAGCGAAUGGGUAUCAUUGUCCAGUUCCAGCAGGAUGAGAGUGCUCUUGGCCUUGACAGUAAGCAAGAGCCUGAGAUAUGGUUCUAUCAAAAGGGUGCCGAUACUGUCAUGUCAUCUAUUGUCGCGGCAAAUGAUUGGCUUGAUGAAGAGACUGCAAACAUGGCGCGUGAAGGUCUGCGUACUUUGGUGGUUGGUCGCAAGCGACUCUCUCUCUCUCAGUACCAGGACUUUUCCUCCAUGUAUAAAAAGGCCUCCAUGUCAUUCCAGGGACGAGAUGAUGGCAUGGCCAAGGUUUUGAGCGAAUAUCUUGAACGGGACCUGGAACUUCUUGGAGUGACUGGUGUGGAAGAUCGCUUGCAACGUGAUGUCAAAUCUUCACUGGAGCUGAUGCGCAACGCAGGCAUCAAAAUCUGGAUGUUGACAGGCGACAAAGUUGAAACAGCCCGAUGUGUCGCCAUUUCGGCCAAGCUGGUUGCCCGAGGCCAAUAUAUCCAUACUGUUCAAAAAUGUACAGACAAACAGACUGCGCAGGAAGCAUUGGACUUUUUGCGCAAUAAGACCGACUGUUGCCUGCUGAUCGACGGCGAAUCAUUGAACUUGAUGCUCAGUCAAUUCCGGACUGCCUUCAUCUCCGUUGCAGUGCUCCUCCCAGCUGUCAUUGCGUGCCGAUGCUCUCCGACCCAGAAGGCAGAGAUUGCCGAAUUGAUCCGUCAGUACACGAAGAAGCGUGUCUGUUGCAUUGGUGAUGGUGGUAACGAUGUGUCCAUGAUUCAGGCCGCCGACGUUGGCAUUGGUAUUGUGGGCAAAGAAGGCAAACAGGCCUCGCUGGCCGCCGACUUCAGUAUCACCCAGUUUCACCAUCUUACCAAGCUUCUGGUUUGGCACGGACGCAACUCUUACAAGCGGUCUGCCAAAUUGGCACAGUUCAUCAUGCAUCGCGGUCUCAUUAUCAGUAUCUGUCAGACCAUGUACAGCAUUGCUAGCCAUUUCGAGCCCAAGGGCCUCUUCAUCAAUUGGCUCAUGGUCGGAUAUGCCACUGUGUAUACCAACGCACCGGUCUUCUCUCUAGUGUUUGAUAAAGACGUGGAUGAGCGCCUUGCCAAUAUGUACCCGGAAUUGUACAAGGAACUCAAAACAGGAAAGAGUCUGAGCUACCGCUCUUUCUUCACCUGGGUGCUCAUCUCUGUCUAUCAAGGAGCUGUCAUCCAAGGCCUAUCACAGAUCCUCUUGAACUCGAUUACUGGCUACCGUCUGAUCAGCGUGUCCUUCACGGCCCUCGUGCUCAACGAGCUGGGAAUGGUCGCAAUCGCAAUCACCACCUGGCACCCGAUCAUGAUCUUCUGCCUCAUCGGCACACUUCUCCUCUACGCCAGUAGUGUCCCUUUCCUCGGCGAUUACUUCAAUCUCCGAUAUGUCAUUACUGUCGACUGGCUCUGGCGUGUCGCCGCCGUAUUGGCCGUUUCUCUGCUCCCGGUCUGGGCUGGCAAGAUGAUUAAGCAGUCGUGGAAACCUCCGAGCUACCGCAAGGUGCGCGGUUGA